GGGGCCUCAUCGAGCCCAGAAAAACGACAACGCGAGAAAAAUUAGUAUUUUUGCACUUCACAAAUUAAUGGCCAUGAGUUCGUUUUUGAUAAACUCCAACUACAACGAACCCAAGUUCCCUCCUUGCGAAGAAUACUCACAGCUCGGCGGCGGCGGGAACAACUACCACCAUCCACACUCCCACCAACACCCCCAUCCCCAUCAUCCCCAGCAACAGCAAAAACUACAGCAGCUGCACCUGCGCCAGCCUCUUCCAGACUUCUACCAGCGGCCGAGCAGAGAGCCGGGAUACCAGCCUCCGCAGCCCCCCACGGCGCGGUACCUAACGCAGCCCUCCCACUACCCCGAGUCGCCUUACAACUACCACAGCCUCAGCGCCCCUCCGGGGCAGGAGCAUCCAGCUCCCGGAGCCUCGCCACCCCCCUCAGCACAGCUGCCGCCGGCUUCAGCAGCUCCUGCCCCGAAGGGCCAUCAAGUGGCCUCCCAACCCUUGCUCCAAGGCCACGGCCCACAGCCUCAGCAGCGUCCUUGCGAAGUAGCUCUGGGAGCAGCUUCCGGGGGUAGUCCCGGCUGCCCCCUUUUGCCCGAAAAGAGCUCGCCCAGCCUCAAAGGGAAGGAGCCGGUGGUCUACCCCUGGAUGAAGAAGAUCCACGUGAGCACGGUCAGCCCCAGCUACAAUGGAGGGGAGCCAAAAAGAUCUCGAACUGCCUAUACAAGACAACAAGUCCUGGAGCUGGAGAAGGAGUUCCAUUUUAACCGCUACCUGACCAGGAGGCGACGCGUUGAGAUCGCGCACACACUCUCCCUCUCUGAGCGACAGGUCAAGAUCUGGUUUCAGAACCGGCGGAUGAAGUGGAAGAAGGAUCAUAAAUUGCCUAACACCAAGAUGCGCUCCUCCAACAAUUCUGGUCACCACCAGCCAGCCAAAGCUCCAGCCCAGCAGGGCACACUGACCCCCAGAAGCAGGGCCACUUUAAACUCAGCCUCACUAUGAUGACCAGACUCUUGGGGGGGGGGGGGAGACAUCACUAUCCCUAACAUUUCUCCAAUUCUUGCCUCUUUUUCCUUUUGGCCUGGGGACCAAGCCAUUGUACUGAGGGGUAGAAACAGCAAAAUAAAAAUCCUAGCUGAUGAAAAAAGCACAUAUGUGUUCAAACCAAAAAGCAAAUAAGUUCUGGACAGUAUUGCUCCUUUGUAAAUAUGUCUUCCUCUUGCCCUCCAUGAUCUUUUUAUUUUUAAUUUAUGGGAGUUGUGGAUAGACCAAAGUUUUAAAAACACUCUUUGUAUAGAUGUUUUGAGGCAACAUAGUAUUGAUAAGUAACUUUGUGUGUAAACCCUAGGCUUGUGUUGUUUUGUGGAAUAUUUGUUCCUGCACUCUUGGAAGAUGCAGAAGUAAACUGCUCUGAUUUCACUAAAGUCAUCUGAAAAUUAGAGAAGGGGGACACUCAACAACAUCCAGCCUCAUCCCUGACUGGUUGAAGAAACUGUUUUCCAUGUUCCAAAAAUACUAUUUUUUUAAGUGUAGUUCUUGCUCCAGUUGUGACAGUAGUGUCCCUAAUCUUGCAUUUAUUCUUAUUUUCAAGAAAAAUGAACCAACCUUGCUCUAAAAGCUCAGCUUAUAUUUAUGUCAUAUCACAGUCCAUGACUAUGAAAAAUAUGUGAAUUCUACAUGUACACAUUUGUGAAAGUGUGAUGUGUGUGUAUGUAUAUCAC